UCCCACCAAAUAUUUCUCUCCCUCUUAAAAAACCAAAAUCAAUUUCCCAAUUUCCCCCUAAGGCCGGCCCAAACAGUGCCCAGUGGGACCCCACCGCCGGCGAUUACACCCACGAGCGUGACCCACAAGACCCCGGUGUUCCGAACCCACCUCCGACUGCCUUUCUGCAGCGGCCAAGACCCAAGUUGUUUCGGGUGGAACAUUGUGAAUUGAUUGAUACAAGCUUGGUCAUGGGAUCAAAAUAGAAAGCAUGGUGUAGUUCUUGGGUUGCGAGUUGUGGAAUUAUUGUGGAAAAGUUGAGUUCUAGAAUUUUUUAUGUCGGUAUUGUAGUUGAAGUUUUGCUCUUUUACCAAAUACAUCUAAACUUUUGUGCAAGAUCAGUGCUGAUAUAUACUAAGAUAAUUAGUCUCUAUGGUUUCUAUAGUUUCUAUUGGGAGUUUCUCUUCUAAAAUUUUGAUUGCCACCUUUGGAUGUUAAGAGUACUUAAUUGCAGGAUGAUGAUCAAGUUGGAACUACACCACACAAGGUUAAAGCUACUGGUGCAUGGGCGUCACAGAGUAUUAAAAUGAAAUAAAAAGAUCAAGAGAGUAGGCUAGUCUGUUAGGUGAAUUAUGGAGUUUAGCUACUGAGUCAAGAUCCUAGGAUCUUAUUAUUUAAUUGCCUUAAUAUCCUUUCGAUUUUACACCUUUAGCAAUUUUUUGUCGGAGCCCUAAUUAUUUUCACCCUUUUUUUAGUUUCGAAUCUUUUGGGUUGUUUCUUUAAAAUACUCAUAGAUAUUGUUUCCAGAGAUUAUUAAGUGCCUAGAAACUGAUCUUCAAGUAAGUUGCAGUUGAAGGAUGAAGUUGUCAUUGGAGGGAAGAGGGCGGGAGAUUGAGAGAAUUAUGAACAAGGAAGGUGAGUUCAUGCUGCUUUGUGGGUGCACUCCAAAAUACCAAAAUAUGCAUAGAAAAGUUGAGCUCUCGAUCGCUCAACUCUCCAUAAUGGUUCAGUUAAAUGGGUGAGAAUAGUUGUAGGGAUGCUUUCAGCUGUGACUAUUAACGCUCUUAAACAGAUAACAAGAGGCAUUAGUAACUCUGUUCAUUCUCCAAUCUCAAGACCUCUUCAACAGCCGGAGGUUCCUACUUUUAAGCGAACUCUACUUGAUCGAAUCAAGAACUGCUUCACAAUAAGCGAACUGGAUGGUGUUUAUGCUUCAAUGAUCAAAACUAAUGCAAUUCAAGAUUGCUUUUUGGUGAAUCAGUUUAUUAGUGCGUCUUUGACAUUUGAUCGUGUAGAUUAUCCAGUUUUAGCCUUUACCCAGAUGGAUAAUCCUAACGUUUUUGUGUAUAAUGCGAUGAUUAGGGGAUUUGUGCAUUGUGGUCACUCGAUUCAAGCUUUACAAUGUUAUGUACAUAUGUUGGAAUCUAAGGUUUUCCCAACUAGUUAUACAUUUUCGUCGUUAGUUAAAGCUUGCACCUCAUUAUGUGCAGUUGAGUUAGGCCGAAUCAUUCAUGGUCACAUUUGGAAGAAUGGGCUUGAAUCGCAUGUGUUUGUUCAAACUGCUUUGAUUGAUUUUUACUCAAAUUUGGGGAAACUUUGUGAAUCGAGAAAGGUGUUUGAUGAAAUGUGUGAAAGAGAUGCUUUUGCAUGGACCACUAUGGCUUCUGCUCUAGUUCGUGCUGGGGAUAUGGAUUCGGCUAGGAAGUUAUUUGAGGAAAUGCCUGAAAGAAAUACCGCUACAUGGAAUACCAUGAUUGAUGGCUAUGCAAGAUUGGGAAAUGUCGAGUCUGCAGAGUUUCUGUUCAAUCAGAUGCCAGCCAGGGAUAUAAUCUCUUGGACAACCAUGAUUACUUGCUAUUCCCAAAACAAGCAAUAUCAUGAAGCACUGGCGAUUUAUUUUGACAUGAGAUUGAAUGGGAUUAGUCCAGAUGAGGUAACAAUGGCAGCUGUUAUUUCAUCUUGUGCCCACGUUGGGGCUCUUGAACUAGGAAAAAAGAUACAUCAUUAUGUAAUGUCUCAAGGGCUUAAUUUUGAUGUUUAUAUUGGAUCUGCAUUAGUUGAUAUGUAUGCGAAGUGUGGGAGCUUAGAUAGGUCACUUUUGGUUUUCUUCAAAUUGAAGUAUAAAAAUUUAUAUUGUUGGAAUGCAGUGAUUGAAGGGCUUGCUGUUCAUGGUUAUGCAGAGAAGGCGCUAAUGAUGUUUGUCGCAAUGGAGAGGGAGAAGAUUGUUCCCAAUGGUAUUAGCUUUAUUAGCCUUUUGAGCGCCUGCACACAUGCUGGAUUAGUUGAAGAAGGCAGAAGGAGAUUCUUGAGCAUGACUUGUGAUUAUGGCAUCCGUCCUGAAGUUGAACACUAUGGUUGCAUGGUUAACAUGUUGAGUAAAGCGGGCUUGCUUGACGAGGCGUUAGAAUUAAUCAGAAGCAUGAAAUUUGCACCAAACUCUAUCAUUUGGGGAGCCUUGUUAAAUGGGUGCAAGCUUCAUGGGAACUUAGAAAUUGCUAAAGAUGCUGUUCAACAGUUGUUGAUUUUGGAGCCCAAGAACAGUGGGCAUUUCAAUCUCUUGGUUAGCAUGUAUGCUGAAGAGAAGCAUUGGAUGGAGGUUGCCUAUAUCCGAGCAAUGAUGAAAGAACAAGGGGUCGAAAAGAAGUAUCCAGGGUCAAGUUGGAUUGAAUUGGAUGGGAGAAUUCAUCCAUUUUCGGCUUCAGCUGAAUCGCACCCUGAUUCUGACAAAAUAUACUUCAUACUGGCAGAAUUAGAUGCACAGCUGAAACUAUUUGGUUGCAUACCUGAGCAUUCAAUAUGUAGUAAUACUUUGGUUCAUACAGAAGAAAUUUGACCUACAAUAAUAUUGAUGGCAUGGUGAGAUCUUAUGUUAUUUGCCUAGCAGUCAUUUCUGCAUUAUUAAUUAAAGUAGAUUGAAGUGGGAAGUUUCAAGGUUGAGUGCUAAAUUACAGAGCUGAGCCAUCGAAGAGUUCAUGAUCAUCCAGACCAAGACUCAAAUCAGCCUCAUUAAGAGCCAUGGUUGUCUCCUGCCUGCCCAUAGAUUCCGCAGCUGGGGCAAAGACUAAAUUUAGAACUGAAGCAGGAUUUGGAAAGAAACUUCAGCUAAUGAGUAUUCCAAAACAGGUUAGUCAUUUUUUCUUCUCUGUACAGUACAUUCAUCUAUUUCAAAUUCAUGGUUAUAGCGUCUGCUGGGUUUGGAAAAAAUUAAAACCAAAGCAUACUUAUCAUUUGUGUAUUAGAGUUUAAUAAAUUUUCUUGUUCUUACCUAUGAUAGUCACUUGACAUAAUUCUAGUCUCUCGGUUCAUA